AGAGGAACUGCGCAUGUGCGGGAGAGAGGACGCGGAGUGGGUCAGCUGGGAGGAAUUCAGCAAGCUGACUGGGGCAAUGUGACACCUGCUUAACCUGCUUCUCUAGACGGUUUCCAGGACAGCUAAACGGCUCAGGUAGCGAAACCCAAGGCUGUGCCGAUGACUCAGGUGCAGGAGAAUGACCAAACUGUGCAGGGCAGGUGGACUACACAACUGGUGGAGAAGGGCACUGCUAAUCUUUGGGGUAUGCCGUUCAAAGUCAGGAAAGGAUGUGAUUCUGGAAUGAUAUUCCUCCACAAACCUGUCCCUCCUCAUCUGCUCCAAGCUACGUCGCCUAGAGGUGUUUGGCCGAGGUCAUUAUCAGGGGGAAGGACAGACAGAAGGUGCCGGUACAUCAGGAGUGCAACACAGAGAUCAACCAGAGUUGUUACACAAUCAAAAACAACAGCUGACAUGCCACGUACGCUCACUCCCUGCUCAGUAAAACAGUUACAGAAGCAGCUUUUCUCUGAACAACAGGAGGCCGACGCCAUCGCACAGCCGCUGCUGGACACAGAAAAUGGAUUCAUUAAGGACCUGGAACUGUACUUGGAUCACAGGGACUCAGUGGCUUUGAAGAAGCGUGAGCUUCUGCACAGGCGCUGGACACAGUGCGUGUGGCGGCCAGUACAGCGAAGCGUCGAGCAGCGCUUCGCCCACAGCUGCUGUGAGGGCGUGGAGCCAAUGAGGACGAUGCUUGCAUACUACAUUAACUACUGCAAUGCAAAGGGAUUUGUGUCUUUGGAGAGUUAUGAUCCUCAGGAAUACGAGCCUUUCCUGCUCCACAUUAGCAGGCCACACUCUUUUCAGGUCAGCACACCUCCCUUGAAGGACCCGCUCUCCCUCCAGUCCCGCGCAAGAAUGAAGGAAAAGAGAACUAUCCUUCGCUGCCACACGGGGCAUGUGAAUGACUGUAAGCAGCAGGAAGAAGGCAGGGACAAGAGCUGCCUACAGAGAGCCCGCAGAGUGAGUCGAGGCACUGUUUACCUGGCCACAGCCGAGGGGCGGUGCUUCCAGCCUGAAUGCUGGUCCUCUAUUGGUCCAUCAUGACACUGUUUAACAUGACCUUCUAUGAAACCCUGACCCACUUCCUCUUAAUCCAGUUGUGACCUACAAUGUCAUAUAUCAUUCUUUC